UUGAAGCUUCACUUUUCUUCUUUCUCUUUAAAGCACCAAAAACCCCUCCGCUCCUUAACCUUUUUUUUUCCCUUAAAAUUCAUUUUCCUUCACUUUCCCGAGAAAAAAAAAAGGGUCCCAUCACUCGCCGGAACCAAUGCCGGUCACCGGCGAAACCGAAGACAACAACAAAAACAACUCCAUAACUCACAUUCUUACCUCGAAAACGCAGCUGUUCAAUCUCAAACUCUACGCAGUAAUCACCAUUCUCGUAGCCUUCGUACUACUUUUUUCUUUAACGAUCUUCCUAUGUUUCCGUUUAAACAGAAACGCGCGAAAGCGCAAAGUGAAGCACAGUUCUGGUCUAAUCCCGUUGGUCUCUAAAGAGAUCUUGGAGAUCAAGGCGUUGAAUCGGAACGUAGGUUCUUGUUUCUCUUCCGAGGAAGGAAAGAUCGGAAAUGCGGUUCCUAGUAAGAGUAGUGAGGGAGUCAGCGACGAUGCGUCGGGAGCCAGUGACGUCUCAUCGGCGGCGGAUGCUCAGAAUAUUGGUUGGGGUCGGUGGUAUAGCAUGAAGGAGCUGGAGAUGGCGACACGUGGAUUCGCCGAGGAGAAUGUGAUCGGUGAAGGUGGUUACGGCGUCGUUUUCCGUGGCCUUUUGCAAGACGGUUCCGUCGUCGCUGUAAAAAAUCUGCUUAAUAACAAAGGCCAAGCAGAGAAGGAGUUCAACGUUGAAGUUGAAGCCAUUGGCAAAGUGAGACAUAAGAACUUGGUGGGUCUAGUUGGGUACUGCACUGAAGGUGCUCAAAGGAUUCUUGUGUACGAAUACGUUGACAAUGGCAACUUGGAACAAUGGUUACAUGGUGAUGUUGGACCUGUUAGCCCUCUUACUUGGGAUAUACGAAUGAAGAUUGCCAUUGGAACCGCCAAAGGAUUAGCCUAUUUGCAUGAAGGGCUAGAACCCAAAGUUGUGCAUCGUGAUGUAAAAUCAAGCAAUAUUCUACUGGACAAGAAGUGGAACCCGAAAGUAUCCGAUUUCGGAUUAGCCAAGUUAUUAGGAUCUGAAGCGAGCUAUGUGACCACGCGUGUAAUGGGGACGUUCGGUUAUGUUUCACCAGAAUAUGCAAGCACAGGCAUGUUGAAUGAGGGAAGCGAUGUCUAUAGUUUUGGAGUAUUGCUGAUGGAGAUAAUUACGGGGAGAAGCCCGAUCGAUUAUUCCAGGGCACCAGGAGAGAUGAACUUAGUUGACUGGUUCAAAGGUAUGGUAGCAAGUCGUCGCGGUGAAGAGCUCGUGGACCCGUUGAUCGAAGUUCAACCUUCACCUAGAGCUUUGAAACGAGCAUUGCUCGUUUGUCUCCGGUGUAUAGAUUUGGAUGCCAAUAAACGACCUAAAAUGGGGCAAAUCGUUCAUAUGCUCGAGGCAGAUGAUUUCCCUUUUCGCUCGGAGCAUCGACCGGCACGGGAGAAAUACUCUGUUCCAUCCUCCGUGCCAACAUCCGCCAAAGUUCCGCAUCCAAAGAAGCAAACCGAGAAAGUUGAUGCCGCGAAAUCAAGACGGAAAUAAUUGUUUUUUUUAGAAGGCAUUACAAUUUACCAAGGUCAGAUUAUAUGCUGUAGAAUAAGUUUUCCAUUAGUUCCACAUGAAGAAUGCUAAAAAACACCUUGGAUGUGCAUACCUACAUACAUAUAUAUUAUCGCCAUUUUUGCUUUGUAUAUAUAUAAACUUCGAAGUUUAAAUC